UUUUGGAGUAAAAAAUGUUUUGUAACUUCAGUAAUAAACAGAAUUUGUGUUUACUUUACCUACCUUGGUAUUCUUUAGCGAUAUGGGACAGUAAUAGGGUGUUCUAAUUGUCACAUCAAAUGUAUAAAAUCAAGGACUGCGAUUGUUUAAGAAAUUAUCGUUUUAACGUCGACGAUUUUACUGACGACCAACUUUUCCGUUUGAGGAGAAUAUGUUUUGACGUCAGAGCUGGUGGGAAUUUGGAAUUGAAAAAAAUAUUGAAUCAAGAAAUUAAAGCCCAAAAUGUAGAAAGAAAAUACUUUUUUAAGUUCGUGACGCGCGAGCGUUUAAAUUACGCGAGUAGAAUAAAAUUUAGGCGAAUCCAUGAUUUUUUUGGAAUUUCUAGCGACAUUAAACUGCCAAAAGAAGAAUAUUUUCUGAAAUGGAAACCAACUGAAAGUGUAAAAGAGCUUGGUUGGAAAGAAUAUCCCAAAGUUAAUCUACUGCUCAGUAUGCCAGUGGGAGCAGAGAAACUUAGUGGUUGGGACCGAAUAAAAAUCGCAUUUUUUCCGAAACGCUUUGCCCCGGAUUACAAGUCUAAAGAACUUGUUCAUAAAUUUAACCUCAGUGUUUUACAAGGGGGAACCAUUAUAAGUGCUAUGAUGAUUGGUACAGGGUUGGCUUAUGAGCAUGGCAAGCAGUUUGUAAAGGACCAUGACAGAGGGAAUAAAUCACAGUUUUAUAAUUCCAGGAUUGAAGCGUUACGUGCGAGACACCAUGCGUUCUUUCGUGGCAUGAGCAGAUAUUCCUUUAGGUGGGGUUGGAGAGCUGGAUUUCUCGCCGGAUCUUUGAUCAUGAUAUCGCAAACGAUGUGUAUUUAUCGGAAACAAGAUUCUAUAAGUCACUAUCUACUAGGAGCUGGUAUACCGUUUGCUGCUUAUAAUGUAAUGAAAGGACCUGUAGGGAUGUUGUUAUCAGGACUGCUUGGAGCUGCAGUUAUUGGGUUGCCUUGUGGGUUCUUGAUGUCGACAUGCGAGAUGAAUUUUCGACCACAUUUGUUCAAUGCCUAUGUAGUGCCUCGUAUAGUGAGUAAACAUCAUUGGUUGAAUUGGACACCAGAUCAAAUUGAGUUGAAUAAAACAAGAUAUGAAAUGAUUGUUCACGAAUUAUCGACUGAAGAUACGAAUUAUCGCGAUCGGUUAUCGCAUUUAUUUGAUGAUUAAAUAUUUAUGUGUUCCUGUUUAAUUACGAAAUAAACCUAAAUUUAUCAAAUUGUCAAGGCAAUGGUUCAGGUAGUAUGGGGCUUACUAAUCAUCUGGAUCCGUUAGCGAUGCAACACAUUUACAAAUUUUGUACAAUACACCAAGACUUUUUAUUCA